AUGGAUAAUGCAAGUCCCUUAAGCUUUAAUCGCGGGUUAAUUAUCAAUGCAGAAAGAAUACAACUUUCGGAUUUUAUAGCUUAUGAGCUUCAACCACAACACAAAAAUGAUCCUAUAAUAAACACAUCUUUUCAUGCAAGAUUGGUGAAUUCUACAACAAAAAAAGAAUCAUUUUUGUUGAAAAAUCACGUUGAACUUUCUAUUGAUGAUUUAGAACAUAGCCAGAUAUUUGAUACUGAUGACGUAGCACUUUUAACCGACGAAACUCCUACAAAUGAUAUUUUUCUAAUAAUACAAUGCACAAAAGUUGAAUUGAUUAUUAAAAAAGAAUCAAUAAAGCCGUCUGAUGAACUUACCUGUAAAGUAAAAGAAGCUCUAAAACACUAUGAUCCUUAUCAUAAAUUAAUGGAUGUAUUUAAUAGUUAUGGCCAUUUCUUACCAAGAAAAAUAAUUCUUGGUCAUAAAAUAUAUAGAAUGACUUAUUUAUCUGUAGGUAACAAUUCAUUAGAAUAUAAUGAUAAAAAUAAUGUAAAAUGGACGACUCUUGAUGACUUUCCAGUGACUGAAUUUGAAGAUGUUUUGGGUCGAUGGGAAAAAUUUAUGAGUUCUUAUAAUUUCGAUUUAUCAUACCUUGUAUCGAUUAAUGGCGAAUUUAUUAUGAAAGAUAAACUAAAAGAUUGGAUUGAAUUUUGUUUAAAGAGUGACCUUGACUCAUUACAAGUUAUUAGCUGCAAAAAAUUAUACCCAUUAUAUGAAAUUUUUGACUUAUCUCUUCGCCAAGAAAUUGAAAAUAUUCUUGGGAUUAGUAGAAAAUUUGAAUCUAUUCCAAAAAUUAAUAACAAAACCAACCCUAUUAAUAGUAAAACUGUUAAAGAAAGAGUUUUAAUGGCAGGAAUAGUACCCAUUAAAGAUCCUCCCUAUUCGUACAGCAUAAAUUUUCCUGUUCGUUUUAAAUCCAAUAAUUAUCAAGUUUUCGGAAAGCUAAUACAAGAUGAUGAACCAAUUGAUGAUAUUAUUAUCAAGUUUGAUUUUAUGGAUACACAAGGAUUCUUAAUUUUUAUAGAAAAUUAUAAGCUUAUAAAUAAGAAUUCAAAAAUUUCUUGGAUAUUAAUUGGAAUACCUGCCGAAAUUGGAUAUUUUAGCACGAUUACGCGAAAAAUAAAUGUCUUAGGUUCGGGUAGUGAACCAUUUGAAUUAAAGCCAUAUAAUUACGUUGUAUUAAAAGUUCCGGAAAAUUUGCCACGAGAUUCAGUUAUUGUGAUUUCAUAUAAAUAUCCACCUUCGAAUUACGAACCAAAUUUCGUAGCUGAAAUACGAAGUUAUCAAAAUAAUAAAAUUUUACUUAGAUUAUACUGUCCUAAUUAUGAAUCUUCUGAUAGUGAAGAAUAUAAUGAAGAUUACAUCGAAGGAAAUGUUGAAGAUUACAUCGAAGGAAAUAUUGAAGAUUACAGCAAAGAAAAUAUUGAAGAAAAUGUUGAAAAAAAAAAUAUUGAAGGUUAUAGUGAAGAAAAUGUUGAAAACUCAAUUGAUACUGAAAUGAAUAAACAUACAGAAUCUUAUAAUCAAGAAUUUAUCAACAAGAAUUCUGCAAAUAAUGAAGAUAGUAAAAAAUGUUCUAACAUUAAAUCAAAAACAUCUGUUGACAGUAAUGAUAUAGCAAUUGAUGUUUUUGGAUAUGAAAAUUUUAAUUAUGAUGAAAAUAACCCAAUUAAUACAUCAAUAUAUUCAAUCCAAUGGUUUAUCCUCCAAAAUUCUGAUACAACUAAUUUAUUUGAAAAAAUGAAUUAUUUGAACAAAAUAGGCCAAGAAUUUCACUUAAAAACUGAACCAG